CCCCCUUUUUGGGCAUACGAUCGCACGUCAUACUUCGGAAUGUGUGAGAGACAGUGAUUCAUUCUUGAUUGAGGCGGAGACAGAACUGAUCUAUUUUCACUGCUUUUACUAGUAAUUCAGGAGAUAUGGAACAACCAGAGCCACAGGAUGUAUAUCUUUACAUCUAUGACCUAACGAAAGGCCUCGCUCGCCAGCUGUCUUUAGCACUAUUGAAUAAACACAUUGAUGGAAUAUGGCACACGGGUAUUGUAGUGUUUGGCAGAGAGUAUUUCUUUGGUGGUGGAGGGAUAGAAAGCUGUAAGCCGAGUGGAACCAUCUUAGGACAGCCAACACAAGUGCACAAGAUAGGAUCCACACAAGUCUCCUAUUCACUUUUCUUAGAAUAUCUAGGGGAGAUGGGAAUGUCUGCAUUUGGAGGAGAUAAAUACAACCUGUUUAAUCACAACUGCAAUAACUUCAGCAAUGAGGUGGCCCAGUUCCUUACAGGCAACCCUAUCCCAUCAUACAUCACAGAUUUACCACAGGAAGUACUGAACACACCCAUAGGUCAAGCAAUGAAGCCUCUCAUAGAUGCUCUAGCCUACAAUCCUACAGGUAACCGACCUGAUUCGGAGGGUCCAUCCAUCUUUGAUGCCCAAGCCAGUGGGACUGGUCAAUCUCAAGCAACCACACAGCCUGCCUCAACAUCCACAAGCACCAAAGAAACAACAGAAAAGCCCUCAGAAGCCAGUAAACCCAAAGAAACCCCUGCAGCGCCCUCUAACGGCAGCGAUGAAGAAGAUGACCUUUUCCUGCAGAAGUUAAGGGAAAGAAGGCAAUCGAGAUCAGUCGCAAGGCUUUGUCUUUUCAGAGAUGGUGAUCCAGCAGCCUUUGCCUGUAGCAUCAAACAGCAUCUUCCACAGAGCAUCUUGACAGCAGACGAGAUGCUGAUCUUAGACCAGAUGAAAGAUGCCUUCCAAGCACCUAGCGACAGUCUCCUUGAUGACGACUGGGACAAAACUCUACCUCCCGUCAAACCAGACUACUUUCUGGUCAUAGGAAAGUUACUUGGUAGGACCGAUCUACCCCCUGUGGUCCUAGUCCCACUGCUACAGCUCCUUCAACUGGCCUUUCUCAGGGAAGAUGUGGUUGGUCUUCUCUGUACCAAUGAGGACAGGACUAUCAUUGACUUUGUGAGCAGGGCCGAGAGCCAGCCCCAGAAGGUCCAGGUUGAAGUCAUGCAUUUGCUAUGUAAUCUGUGUUCUAGCAGACAGGGAUAUGCCUGGCUCAUAUCAGAGAAAGAAUGGAAAGCCCCCUCUAGUGGUACGUCAACGUCUAACAUGAAGACCAUCAAGGCCAUCGUCAUAGCCCUGUUAUUGAGUGGAUCUGAUCAACUAUGUGAGGCAGCAGCGUCUCUCGUUUAUAACUUUGCAAGGCACAAGCUUGUAGAUGACAAUGCUGUUGAGUUUGGAAGUGCUUUGCUUCAGGUGCUAUCUACAGGGGAGUUUUCAGAACCAACGGUUUACUAUGGUUUAUCUGCCCUCUAUGGUUUGAUGGGAAAUGUAGAAGUGCUGUGUCUUGCCAACGUGAUGGGGUUCAACACGGACAAGUGGGUAGGGCUCUCUGAUAGGAUCAACCAGGUCAUCUAUGAUAUGUGCCUUCUCCUUGAAGAAAAGUAGUACUCCGUUGCGUCACUUGGGUUAUGUAAUACAUAUAUGAGUAAAUGGGGAAGUUCACCCUGAUAUCAAGUUGAUUUUAGUUAAAGAAGGGAAAUAAUAAAAGCAUAUUAACAAAGGUUUGGCAAAAAUCUGUUGAAAAAUAACAGCUUAGAUUU